AUGACCGUCUCUCUCGAAAGAGGCCGCGGACACGUCUCCGCCGGUCACGGACGUGUUGGCAAGCACCGCAAGCAUCCCGGUGGUCGUGGUCUGGCCGGUGGUCAGCACCACCACCGUACCAACCUUGACAAGUACCACCCUGGUUACUUCGGUAAGGUCGGUAUGCGCUACUUCCACAAGCAGCAGAAGUAUGUACUCCCCGAAUCCGACUGGUGCCAGGCUCCCGGCCCUUUGCGAGGAUCCCUUCGGCCUCGUCCCGUACUAACCAUUGGCAGCCACUUCUGGAAGCCUGUCAUCAACCUGGACAAGCUCUGGACCCUCGUCCCUGCUGAGAAGCGCGAGGAGUACCUCGCCAACAAGGGCGACAAGGUCCCCGUCAUCGACCUCCUCCCCUUCGGCUACUCCAAGCUCCUCGGCAAGGGCCGCCUCCCCGAGGUCCCCAUCGUCGUCAAGGCCCGCUGGGUUUCCAAGCUGGCUGAGAAGAAGAUCACCGAGGCCGGUGGUGUCGUUGAGCUCGUCGCGUAA